UAGGAACAAGUGUGUAGAAUAUGUUCUUCGAAUAACAGUUCGAAUAUGGAAAAUGUGCGAUUUUGAACGACGAUUGUCUGAGUGGAAUCUAAGAAAGUCUGUGUAUACCUAAGGGUAGGUAGGUAAUCCAAUUUUUUUUCAUUAUUUGUCCAUAAUACAUAGGCACAUACUGAAUAAAUAGAAUAAACGUACAACGUACAGCUCAUGAUAAAAUAUUAUUUUAUAUACCUAUAUAUUACAUUUUAUUUUUUAAAUAUUACUUCAUCAUGAUACAGCUGUGGUUUUUUGUUACACGGACCAUCGCCCGAUACCUAUCUGUUCAGCACCGUUCUACAUGCAGAUGUCGACAGCUGUUUCAGUACCUGAUGGGUGAAAAUAAUAUAUGUUAUUAUUAUUAUUAUUAUUCUACGACGACGACGACGACGACGACGACGACGACGCGGCGAAUGGCGACCGACAUGAAGGUGGUAUCGUUAUCGGCGACAGACAUCUCAGCUCCGUCAUUGAUUGUGUUAACAAUGUUAACACACACAAUCCUCUCCUCGUCAAUUAUAUAGUACCUACGACAUGCCUAUUGACAAUUGAUUUUUUAAAUUAUUGUUAUUACAGCUGCAGUUAUACGUCUAUUACAUUAAUAUUAGAGUCUAUAAUCUUUUCUCGUACGAGCUAUUCAAGAUCAGUGCACAGUGUUCCGUAUCCUGCAGUGCACCGAGUCCGAGUCCGUUGUGUGCCACCUUUGUACACUUGUCCACAACCGCUCAGAGCUCUGUCCGCCGCCGACUCUUCCGGAUGUGCCAUUUGUAUCUUCUCAAUUAGCAAUCAUGUUCUUGCGCGGAUCCGGGUACAUCACACGCCCAAUCGUUGUCACCAGCCAUAUUCCGGCUAUAGUUGGCCACCGACAAAACUACAGUUGCAUCGACAGCGCUAAGGUAAAAUAAUAUCAUCAGCUCUAAGACUGUUAUCGGAUGAAUUUUUCGUUUUAAUUAGUAUUAAUACUACCUAGACAAUGUAAAACAAUUGAUUAUAAUUUUGUAAAAUUGUCAUUAUUUUUUUUUUUUUAUACACAUUCUUCACCUAUAUGACACCUUAGGCAAUGUCGUUGACCUUAUAUUUCUGUUUAUUGUCAAUACACAUGCCUACUACUUUUACAUUAUGUUUAAUUCUGAUACACAUUUCAAUAUUGGCUCAGUUAGGCAGUAGUAAUUCACCUUCCAUUAAAUUCUAUAGUUUUCAACGAAUUUACUUUUGUUUGUAACCUAUCUACCUAUAAUUUGCCAUAAAAUUUUAGUUCUUUGAUAUAAUCCUGAUACUUUGUACUCUCUUAUUUUGUACACCAAUUCGAAUAGAAACACAAUAGGUAAAAUAAAUUAAAUAGACAAAGAAAAUUGUAAUACUUUUAUUUUUACGGUUAUUGUUAUGAAUAAAAGAAGAAUACAGUUAAAGACCCUUGUUUAAAAUCCAGUAAUGAAUUUCAUAACAUCAGUUCAUAACUUUCAUUCAAUUUCGAAGGUAUUAAGAUAAAUGCAGUUGAGAGUAUUGUUUAUAUCUGAUUGACUAAAGAAGUUAAAACUUAUAGUAUGGCUAACUGAAGUGAUAAAAAUAAAUAUUACCUUGCUAAAUAAAAUGUGUUUAAAUUCCUUUUAUCAAAUUGUGUUAUGUUUAUACAAAAUAUUUCAUUUCAUUUUUUGUUAGGACUAUAAGUACUGUGUAUUGCUGUCACUUUCUUUUAUGCUCUUCUUUUGUUUACACUUUGAAUUUCUACAUUUUGUUGACAAUUCAGGAACUCCUGAAACUUUGUCAUAUAAACUUGUACAAUUACUUUCAUCAGUUCUUAACUUAAUUAAUGAAUAUUUUAAAGCAUUUAACAAUUUUAUAGUAGUUAGAAGAUAAGAAUUUGGUAAUUGCAAACAAUAUAUUUUACUUUAACACUUAAGUGUAUCAGCCAAAUAUUUAUGUUUUUGAUUAUUUCUAAAAUGUGUUAUUGUCUAUGAUAAACAUAAUAUGGCUGCAGCUCACAAGUGGUGCACGUUCAUACCUUGUGCUACAAUGCCUAUGCUAAUCAUACUUAAAUGUCUGCUAAUAAUAUAGAUACUUGUUUGUAAAAAUAACAAUACACUUAUUAGUAAAUACACAAUACACAUUAUAGUAUAGCUUCUUGAAAAAAUAUAAUUAAUAAAAAAAAUACACAUAAAUUAUCUAUACUAUAUUAAUUAUGUGGCAUAAUUAAUAUAGGAUAGAUUUUUAAAAACAUUUAAUUAGGUACACAUGUAUGGAGUCUAGGUUACUAAUCCCAAGUUUGAUGUCAAAUGAAUCACAAAGACCUGGCUAUACUACGUGGAAGUGAUCUAUCAUUACACCUCAUAAUAAUAAUAAAAAAGUCUAGAUACCUACAUAAUAUGUUGAAAGACCGAAAUAACAUAUUAUUAUUUUGAAUUUAGAAGCAAAUAUAGUUUAUUGCAUUUAAAAGCAAAGUUGAGCAUUAAAUAAUAAAGAAGACUAGUAUUUUAAAAAAAAAUUGAGUGUUAAAUUUUAAGUUAAAGUAAAUUAACUUUUAACUUUUUUCAUUUACCCAUGCCAACUUAACUAAGCUGAGUUUAAAAAAAUUAUUGACCAUUAUUGCCAUUAAAAGUAUAGGUUUUUUUCCUAUAGGUCCUCAUAAAAAAAAGCUGUUUACCUCAAAAUUACUACUCCACAACUAAAAAAAAAAAAUAACACAUCACUUACUUAUAUGAAAACCAAUAUUUUCUUUGCUUUCUUCUAAAAUAUAACAUAUUUAUUUCAAAUCAUAUUAUUCAUAGAAAAAAAAAACAAAAUUAAUUUUGGAACAAAAAUUCCUUACUUAUCCAAAAUAAUUUGCAGAAAGGUGUUGUUUGUGGUGUUUAUGUUGACAAUUCUGGAGAUAAUUUGAAAUUUACAUCUACUGCUAAUCAAAUAAAUCAAGAAAGCGGUGGGGUACUUGAAAAUGCGUUAAAAAUGUAAGUAUCUACUUAACAUAAAUAAAUGUAUUUAAUGUAACUAUAUAUUAUAAUGAAAAUGAUUUAAAAAGAAAUUCUGUAGGUACCUAUUUUUAUUUAUUCUUUUGGUAGGUAUUUAUUUCAGUUUCAUUUAUUAGAUAUAAUAUUACAUUGUAAUCAUAUUACUUGUUAAUAUUGUUAAUCUAUAAUAAUCAAGAUAAUAAUAUAGUCUAUUCAAAAUAAGACUGAACUGUUCAGUAAGUUAAGAUUAUCUAGUGAACCUUAGGUACUAGUUCUGUGAUUAGUUGUCAAGUCUUGACAUAAACUGAUAAUUAUGACCAUUGGUCCCACUGCUAUUAUUGUGCUCAAAAAAGAGCAAACAUAAUCAGUGAGAGCAGUCUAAUGGUAGAAAUGUGUGAACUGAACAAUUCAAUCUUUUUUAGAAUAUAAUUUAGUUAUUGUAUAAUUACAUUAGAUAAAUUAAUAUUUCCUCAUUGGUUUUAUCACUAUUUAAAAUUGGUUUAGACUUUAACCCAGGGUCACUUAUGUGUUUUAUUUUAUGCAAUUGCUCGUGUGUUAGAUUUUUUCUAACAAUUUAUUAAUUUAUAUAAUUUCAUGAAAAUAUGAAUUCCAAAAUAAGUUUUAUAUAAUUUAAUUUUAUAAAUAUUAAUGAUAUUAUAUGGAUCAUAAUCAUGUAGAUAAAGUAUUAAUAUGAUUAAUUAUUGUUCAAUCAAUAAUAGUUAUUCUUAAAAUAAGUUAAAUAUUAGAUUUUUUUUAGAAGUAUCUUCUAUCUACUCAACCAUAAACGCCAACAUUCAACACCCACCCUUUUUUCGCAUUUGCAUCAAUCUUAUCCCAUUCAUGCUACCACUGGUUAUAAUACAUCCUAUAUUAUAUUAUAUUAUUUUACUGUAUAUUUAAUUUCGUUUUCAUUUAUUCACAUUUUAAAGAAGGCAUCUAUUUAAAAAAAACUGAAAAACCGCCAGCGGUAGUGGUAAAAUUUGGUCAUGCAGUGACACAAUAUUUUAUCCUAGCCAUUUUUCCCCUGCAGUAUGUGGAUUUCGAUAAGAAUACAUGAGUUUUAUUAAAUCACCACCGAGUGUGAGCACCUUUAUUUGUGUUAAAAUAAAUAUGUAUUUUAUUUUCUGUCAUACAAAUUUAAUUAUCUAUCCUUAUUUUAACUAAUAUCCACUAAUAAUUAACUUGUAUAUAAAAAAUACAAAAAAAAUGAUCUAUUAUUUUAUGUUUUAUUUACUAAUUUAUAUUAUUUAUUAUUAAAAUAGACAAAACUAGAAGUUCUUAUUAUAUUAUGAAAAGUUCUAAAAUAAAAAGUGUGAUAUAUUAAAUCUAGAUGCCUGUAUACUGUUCACACACAAACACCAUAUUUUUCAGGAGGUCCUGACUUCCAAUGUAGUAUGAUAAGUCCCUGUAGCUCUUUAAUUGUAUUAAUUCGUAUAUUUAUAUUAUAAAAGGGGAGGCCAACUGACUAAUCUAUCAAUGCACAGUUCAAACAACUGAACAGAUCAAGCUGAAAUUUUGCAUAUAGAUAGCUAUUAUGAAGUAGGCAUCCACUAAAAAAAAUUUUGGUUUAUGAUAAAUGAUAAUAAUCGCUGAAAUGUCUAAAUGCUUCCCAACAGUUAGAUGGUUAAAAGUUGGUGAUUUAUGUACCAAAAUGGAAUUUUCCCAGGAAGGUCAAAAUAGUUUGUGACUGGAGGCUUCCAGUAGGUACUAAUUUGGACUAAAAUGUAUAGUAUAUACACUAUCACUAUCAAUAAAUCAUUGAAAACAAAAAAUUGAUUUCAAUAAAAAAAUGUUUUUUUUUGAUAUAUGUAAAUUGAAUGUGGUAUUAAUGUGUAACUACAAAUUAAAGCAUACUAUUUUUUGUAAUUAAAACACUUCUUCUUCUUCUGGCCUUAUCUACUCUACAAGAGUUUUUGCCGCCAUCACAACUCCAUGCCACUUCUCUCGAUCAUGGAUUAUGUUUCUUCAAUCAUCUAUUUCUAUCCUUUUUAGAUCUUUCUCGACCAUAUCCAUGCAUCUUUUCCUCGUGGUCUCUUACCCAUUGGUUUCCAAGACAUUACUGUUUUUAUUAUCUUAUCAAAACUUCAACACAUAAUGUGUCCAAACCACUAGGUUCUCUGGCCUCUUAUGUAACACUUAAUUGGAGUCAUUCCUGUUUCUUCAAUCAGUUCCUUGUUAAACUUUCUCCUCCAUAUACCCGUGUUCGUGUCUAAUUUGGGUCCACAUAUCACACGCCAUAUCUUGUUUUCGAAGGUAGUAAGUCUUCGUUAUGUUACGCUUAUAGUCGUCUAUGCUUCGCAUCCAUGUGUUAGUAUAGCUCUCACUAUCAAUGUGUAGAAUCUAACUUUUUUUUUCUUUGACAGCAUUUUAGAUUUGAAAAAUUUGGAUAAUGCAAAGGACGCCUUCCCUACUUUUAUUAUCCUUAAGGUAUUUAAACUCGUUAACUUUUUCAUAUAUCUAGUCAUCCGAGUCAGGGUCCAUUACAUCUGCAUCCGUGUCUAAAAGCUCCAUGAUCUUCGUGAACUUAAAACGCUUAAUAAAUUAAUAAUAAUGACACAACCCUCAACUUUUUUUUUACAACUAAAUCUAACUAAGAUUAACCUUAUAUCAAAUUAUUGCACAUUUACAGCCCUAUUAUAAUAAUGGUGCUGAAAGAAUUUAAAUUUAUAUAAAUCAAAAAAAUGUAUCUUUGUUUUAUAUUAUUAACAUUUUUAUGAUUUUUACAAUUUUGUAAAAUUCUGAACUUAAAAUACUUAUAAAAAACAACCAUGAAACCAACCUAACCUAACCAUAAAUUGGCAAUAUUUGUAUGCUGUAAUAACAGAAACUUAUAAGAAACCUUGUAAACAAUGUUUGAUGUUCAUAAGAAGUCUUAAGUAUUUGUAUCUACUUAAAGCUAAAAUAUUUGAAACCGGCAGAAUAUUGUUUUUUUUUUUUUUUGGUUUUCUAUUAUAGUUAAAAAAAGUUGAAGGAAAAUAAAAAAUUAAUUUCUUCAUACACCAAAUAGACAAUACCUGUAACCAAAAACCACACCUAAAUUUGAUGAUUUGAGCAAGUCUUCUGGAAGAAAACUUGUAUACAGAUAAAAAAAAAAAAUUAAACAUCACUGUUAAAAGCAUGCAUUUCUCAGUUUAUUCAGAAACUUAAAGUGCAAUACCAAAGAAUUUUUAAUAGUUUAUUAUAAAACUAAUGGUUCAACUAAUAUAUCAAUAUUCUUAAUAUUUAAUACUAUCUGGGGAGUAUAUUGUACUAUAAAUAAUUGCAUAUACUAAAUGUAAUGGAGUUUUUCUGGGUCUUGCUAGUAGUUUUGUCCUUCAAUUGAUAAGGAGACAGAAUAUUUCUGUUUAUGUAAAAUGUUUAAGUAUUAUUCACAUUUUUUUUUUGUAAAACCUACCUUUUUAAAUUGUUUUAUGUUGCUAAAUUCAAGUACCUAUUUUUUCAAUAUAAUAUGAAUGAAAUAAAAUCAUAAUUAUUUUGCUAUGGCUGUAUGUUAUGCCUUAUUUUUAUAUUGAAAUAAUUUUUUUCAAUUUUAUAUUGAAUGUUUUACAAAAGUUAAAUAAUUUUUCAAUUUAUUUUAAAGUUUAAACUUUGUAAACUGAAAUGAUAAGAGAUGAUUAAUGUACAUAUUAAUGUGUCAUAAAUAUUAGGCAUGUUCAUAUUAAUACAUUAUAUUAGGUAGUUCUAUAAUAUCUGUAUACUGUAUAUAGAUAUUUAUAUAAGAUUUAAGUAUUUAAAACUGGUUUCUUCAUAAAAUAACUAAGUACUUCUAUAACAAAAAGUAAAAAAUAAUCACCCUUACAAAUUUUUAUUUUUGGUGUUUUUUUUUUUUUUUGUAUAAUUUCUUUUUUCUUAUUUUUUUCUUAUUUUUUUGAAGUCCUAAUUAAAAAUCUGUAUAUAAAUUUAGUAGUUGUCAAUUUUUCUAUAUACUAUUUUUAUUUAAGAAAAAAUUUUUUUUAAAUUUAUUUAAAGUAAUUUUGUCAUCAUUAAAAUCUAUGAAUAUAAUAUAUAUUACUUCUCUACCUAAUUAAAAAAUAUUGACAUUGUGCCUGUAUGAUAAAUUAAUAUUUACUAAAAAUCAUGAUUUCUUAUUGUUUCAGUUUGCAACAUACUAAAAUGUAUUAAAAUAAAAAUAAAAAAACCAUGUCUGAUAUGACGGAAGAAGAGACUUCUGGAUCACGCCCAGUCAAACGUCAACAUCUAGAUUCCAUUAAUGAAACUUUACUAUCCAGCACUUCAUCAUGUGAUUAUUCUUGUCCUGUAUGUUAUGAACUUAUUCAUGAAGCACAUAUUACAAAAUGUGGACAUUCGUUCUGUUAUAGUUGUGUUUCUAGAGCUUUAGAAUCAAAAACAUCUUGCCCAAAAUGUGGUAACAAUUUGUCAGGAGGUAUACGUGAUGUAUUUCCAAAUUUAGCUCUUGACAAAUUGGUAAAUAAGUAUAAAUUGUUAAAUCCAAUUCGUAAAGUAGAAAGCUCCAGUAAAUUAGGAAUUGUUGCUGGACUUCGUGGGUUUGUCACUGCGGAAUCAAAGAAGUUAACUUUAUCAGAUGUAGAUGCAAUGUUAGAACUUUUAACACGCCGUAAACGUAAACUUGAAGCUGAAUCAGCAUUGGCUCAAAAUCGUUUGUUGUAUGAAUUUCUCGAAAGGUUACUUACUGAUAAGGAAUCACAAAUGCGCCGUAUUGGAAGACAAGUGGAGUUAGUAAAAAAAGAUGUAACAUUUGUUAAAAAAAUUCUAAAAGAUUGGGAAACUAAAAAACCUGUGAUUAUGGAUCCAGAACACAGUAAUUCUAAUGAAAAGUCUGAUAGUCCUCCAUUAAUAAUUAGUAAUAACUGUGUUCCUGGUAACGUUCAACGUCGACGAAUGUGUACACAUUUCGAUGAUUUUGUUGAUUGUUAUUUUUCAUUAAGAGCAAAAGAAUUAGUUUUUGGUAAUAGACACCCAACUGAAGAUGAUGGUAAUUUUAAAGAAAAAGAACAUGAAAAAGGAUUGGAUGAAUUUCGUGAAAAUCUUGUAAAAUUUUCUAAGUUUAAUGCUUUGCGCCCUAUAGCUACAUUAAAUUAUGGUACGGAUAUAUUUAAUAAUUCAACUAUUGUAUCAAGUAUUGAAUUUGAUAAGGAUGAUGAGUACUUUGCGAUAGCUGGUGUAACCAAACGUAUUAAAGUAUUUGAAUAUGAUUGUGUUAUAAGAGACAGUGUGGACAUUCAUUAUCCUUGUGUCGAAAUGAUAUCGGCUUCUAAGAUUUCAUGUAUUAGUUGGAAUUCUUAUAGAAAAAAUACUGUUGCUAGCAGUGACUAUGAAGGUGCUGUAUGUGUCUGGGAUGCAGGUACUGGACAACGAACUAGGAUGUUUCGGGAACAUGAAAAACGUUGUUGGAGUGUUGACUUUAAUAAGGCAGAUGCUGGACUAAUGGCUUCUGGAUCAGAUGAUGCACGAGUAAAACUUUGGACGCUCAAUCAAGAUCGAUCAGUUGCAUGUCUUGAAGCAAAAGCUAAUGUUUGCUGUGUUAAAUUCAAUCCAAUUGGAGCUACUUACCUAGCAUUUGGCUCUGCUGACCACUGUGUUCAUUAUUAUGAUUUACGACAUGCUAAACGAGCUUUAGCAAUAUUUAAAGGUCACAAAAAAGCAGUAUCCUAUGUUAAGUUUUUAAAUGGAAAAGAAAUGGUUUCAGCUUCAACUGAUAGUCAACUAAAACUCUGGAAUGUAGAUGACCAUCAAGGGUGUAUUCGAUCAUUUGUCGGACACGUAAAUGAAAAAAAUUUUGUAGGCUUAGCUACUGAUGGUGAUUACAUAGCAUGUGGGUCUGAAAAUAAUUCUCUUUACAUAUACUACAAAGGAUUACAAAAAAAAUUGUUUACAUUUAAAUUUGAACCAAAUACUACACUAUUGAGUACAGCCGAAGAAGAAAAAGACAGAAGAAGAGAUGAAGAUCUAAACGAAUUUGUCUCUGCUGUUUGUUGGCGUCAAACAUCCAACAUUCUAAUGGCUGCUAAUAGCCAAGGAAUUAUUAAAGUUCUUGAACUUAAAUAAUUUCAUAUUUGUUUCAUUACCACUAUGCAAUUCUUUAUAUUUUUAAUUACCUAGUAAAGUUAUUAUUUAUUUAUAAGUAAAUUUGUAUAUUUUUGAGGCAAUAAUUUGAAAAAUAAUGUGAUAUAAUUAAUUACACAUUACUGACAAAGUGUAUGGUUUUGUAUUAUGUUGUAUUGAUUUUAAUUUAAUUUAGAAUAUAAUUAUUAAAGUUAUGUGAGUAGAUAUUUCAUAUACUCAAAUCCUACAUAGGUAUUUAUUAUACGUAAAAUUUGUAUUUUAUUAUUAUUACAUAACUAUUAUUUAAUAUUAUUAUUAUCAAUUUGUAAUUGUGUUGAAAAUAUUUUAUGUAGAUGAAUAAUUAAAUAUAAAUGGAAAUUUAUUAGAAAUAUAUUAUAUUGCAAGUAACUUUUAAAAUAUUGAUUAUUUUUAAUCUACUUUAAAAUCACAUUUAAAAAAAUAAAAACAAUAAUUUAAGUAGUUAAUACUGAAAAAUAUAAUUGCCUACUGUUUUAAAUGGAUGUACAAUAUAAAUUACACUUUUUUUUUUUUUUUUUUUUUUUUGUUGUUUUUUUUCAGAGGAAAAGGUUUUUUGAAAAAAGGAAAAACUCGAUUGUUUUUUAACACAAGUCCUAAAUAUGGAACUGUUGCUUUAGUUGGAAUUGGUAGUGAAAAAUUAGAUUAUUAUGAUGGUUAUGAUAGUGAAAAAGAAAAUAUUCGGAUUGCUGCAGCAAGUAAUUAAAAUAUGCAUAAUCAUUUAAAUAUUGUUGAUCAUAUACAAAAUAAUAUUUUUAUUUUAGAUGGAUGUCGAAGUCUUAUAGAUUGUGGUAUUGAAGAUAUUUAUGUAUCUUCCAUGGGUGAUUCCGAGAGCGCAGCAGAAGGUUCAAUAUUAGGCUCUUGGAAAUUUCAAGAAUAUAAAAAUAAAAAAGAUUGUUUACCUAGAAUAUCAUUACUUGAAGAAACAGAUAAGUUAGUACAAUAUUAAUAUCUCUAUGAUAAUCAUCAAUGAUAACAUUUGUCUUAUGUAACUAGAGAUGCUUGGUGUCGUGGUGUAAUUAAAUCAAAUGCUCAAAAUUGGUCAAGAAAACUUGCAGACUCUGCUGCUAAUCAUAUGACACCAACUUUAUUUGCUAAGGUUAAUAUUUAUAAACAAACAGAAAUACUUCUUCAUCAUGGUGGGCCAUUGUUGUAGAUGAGAAGUUGGGAAUGUUGAGAGGAAAUUUAAUGUAUAUCUGUAUGCUAAAACUAAUCAUUGCUGACAAAAAUGAUUCUGAACAGUGUUCAGUUAUAUAUUUUUUUAAAGUCCAUAAUAUUUACAAUUUAAAGUUAAUAAAUUUUCCUGGUUUUCUUAUGGUUUUUCUUGUUUUUUUAAAACUUAUUAUGAAAACACCCGGAGAAAUCUUAAAAUGACCUUAAUGUACCUACUCAGUCAGAUUAGUCAAGUGCUGCACUUGAAAAUAGGAGCAACAUUUCUUUUAGAAAAGUUAUUAAUAGAAAAAAAAAAACUGUUAACAGAUACAAUUUAUACAAAUUUAUAUAUUUUAUUUUUGAUUGGUUAAGGAAGUACAAGAAACACUUUCAAAAUAUGACAAUGUUCAAGUAUUGAUUCACAAUAAAAGUUGGGCAGAAGAACAAAAAAUGGGAGGUUUGCUAAAUGUUGCUAAAGGUAGUAACCAACCCUUAGCGUUUUUAGAAAUCAACUACUCAGGAGCACCUAAAACUGACAAACCGAUAGUUUUAGUUGGUAAUUAAGUAUAAAAUACAAAAAUGCAUUGAAGUGUAACAUGAAUACUUGUUUUCUUUUAUAGGAAAAGGAGUUACAUUUGAUUCUGGUGGUAUAUCCCUUAAACCUUCAAAUGCCAUGGGAGAAAUGCGAGCUGAUUGUAUGGGUGCUUCUAAUAUAGUGGGUGCCAUCCUUGCUAUUUCCGAGUUAAAGCUUCCUAUCAAUGUCAUUGGUGAAUUCAAUAUUAAUAUAUACAAACUUUAAGCACAAGUUCAAGAAAUUUUAAUAUAUUUAUAGGACUUGCUCCCUUGUGUGAAAAUAUGCCGAGCAGUAAUGCACUGAAGCCUGGAGAUGUUAUCUAUGCCAUGAAUGGAAAAUCCAUUCAAGUAGAUAACACAGAUGCAGAGGGCAGACUUAUACUGGCAGAUGCAUUGUGUUAUGCAUCUAAAUUUGAACCAAAAAUCACUGUAGAUCUUGCAACUCUGACAGGUAAUAAAGAUUAUUUAUGGUUAUAAGAACAGGAUAGAUAUAAUAUUUUUACCACCAACCAAUUUUUAUUUUCUAUAGAAUGUGAUCCUUUAUAUAUCUGACUUAUCAUGAACCAGUGAUUUCUUUGAAGAUAUUUUGUGAAUUUAAUUUUUUUUUUUUAAAUCAAAAUCACUAAAUUGCUUUUGUUUACUAUUUUGAAAUUUUUAACCUAAUUCUUUAUACAUAAAAUAAAUUUAGACUUAGCUGGUAUAUGAUAAAUCAUGGAUCAUAAUAUUAUGUAAAUUUAUGUAAUAUUAUGCUUUUAAAAAUAUAAUAAUUUAAAAUGCAUGAUUAUGCAUGUGUAUUAGGCGCUAUGGUGGUUGCUAUAGGAGAAGCAGCAACUGGUGUUUUCAGUACUUCAAAUGUUUCUUGGUGUGCUAUGGAGUCCGCUGGACACUACACAGGUGAUAGAAUGUGGCGAUUCCCUUUAUGGAACUAUUAUUCUUCGUUAUUAAAAGGUAUUAUUUUAAUAAAUAUGUCAUCAUCAAUAUUAAUCUCAGUGUUAUGUAGCCAUUUUAAUAGUUAAUAAUUACUAUACUUUAUAUGGUAUAUGGUAGUAUAUUAUGCUGUGUAUUUGCCCAUAGGUUAUUCUGGUUUCGAUUUAGAUAAUAUUGGUAAAGCAAAAGGUCAAGGAGGAGCUUGUACUGCAGCGGCAUUUUUAAAAGUAUGUUUUAUAUUUUAAUUAACAAAUUGGAAAAUUUAAUUUAUACACAUAUUUUUUUUUACAGGAAUUUGCACCUGCAGGUGAUUGGAUUCAUAUGGAUGUUGCUGGAGUAAUGAAAUCAGCUCAUGAAAACAAUUCGUAUGUAUCUGGUGGAAUGACUGGUAAACCAACUAGAGCACUAGUACAAUUUGUUUUAAAUUUGUGUAAAUAAAACUAAUUCAAAAAUUUAAAUAAAAGUGUAACCUAUACAUGUAGCAGACAAAUAUUAUAAUAUUUUUAUUACUAUAAUAUAUUAUAGUUUUCCAAUUUAAAAAUGGUAUUUAUUCAUAUUAAUUUUUAUUAUUAAGACACUAAAAUUGUUGUAUUUAUUUCUUAUUAUUGUUAUUAUGUUACAAAAUUCUAAAUUAUUGUAUAUAGGUUUAAGUAUAAAAAAAAGCUAAUAUUACUGAUGGAACUAAAAUUGUAAAAUAACUAUAAACAGCAUAGAAAUUACUAAACUACAUUUAAAAUUUUAUCAUAUCUAGAAAGGUCAAUAUCAGUUUUUGUCAAAAUUUAAAACUAUGAUAAAUGAUAACUGAAUUAUAUACUUCCCCAUUUUG